AUGAGUGUGUCUCCAGUUUUUAUCGAUGGAUUUUGUGAUUCAAUUUAUUCACAAGAAGGAUAUUUUAUAGUUUUGAGGGUGAGUGGAAACUGGCAAAAAUCGAUUUAUUUGAAUAAUUUAAUUUUUUUUAGAGAUUUAUGGAGUUUUCUUCAAUCUUCAAUUUGCUCGUUGUUGUUUUCUUGUCAAUUUUAUUAUUCAUUUAUGGAAAAUCAAUCAAACCAGAUUAUCGACAAGUUCUUCUUAUAAAUCUCAUACUUCCCGCAAUUUUCAGUUUAUAUAUGGGUUUUAUUUAUCAACCAUAUAUUAUAUUCCCAUAUCAUCUUUUAUUAACAAUUGGCUUUUUCCGAUUUGGCCCUUUUGUAACUGCACAUCUUUUCAAUAUUUGUUGCUCAAUCGCAAUUCUUUGUUCAAUGGGUUUAAUUUAUUCAUUUUGGUUUAAUUAUAUGACAAUUUGUUUUCGAAUUUCAAGAAACGCUUCGAAGAAAUCGAAUCUUAUGGGUUUUAUAUUUGGAAUUAUUUUUACAUUCGUCAAUUUUAUUCUAAUGACAAUUGGUGUGAAUGAAAGGCAGUAUGAGGAUUAUACAGAUAUUAUAAAUCAAGAUAAGCGAACUCAAUAUUUUCUGGAGAAUUAUUCAAUUGCUAUUGUGAGAGUUGAUCAAAAAUGGUCACUGAAAGUAAGAUUUUUGGGAGAAUCGGAAUUUUCUGAAAAUAAAUUUUUUCCAGGUUCUGAGCGUCGAAGGUUUCAUUGGUAUAACCUGUGUUGUAAUAAUUAUUCCAAUUAUAACUAUAAAAUCUUACAAUGCUCUAAACCUUAUGCACACCCAGGUCUCAAAAACUACAGUAAACCAACUAAAAAAUGCACUAGCUAUAAGUCUUUGUUAUCUCUUCCAAUUUGGAAUUCUUGUCGGAAUUCCAGCCGCCACAGCAAUGGCAAUUCUACUUUUACGAAUUACACCAUCACCAACCUUCCCAUUGGCUUUCAUUAUUUUGGCGCCAACCCAAUUUACUUGCCCAGUUAUCUGUCUGUUAUAUAUUUGUGUUUUGAAACCAUUGCGAAUUGGAAUGUUGAAAAUUUUGCGGCUUCAGAAAUAUUUGAAACAACCGAUUCCACCAAGAUCAACGCAAUCUCGUAUGUUUCGUUCGUAUUUUUUAGGAGAAUAGGAUUUUUGGUAGAUCAAAAAUGAAAAUUUCAGAAUUAUCAACUGUAACUACACAUCAUCGACUGACUUCAAAAGGACCAUUUGCAGCAUCAAGGCUUUAUUGA